AUGGCUCUACCACAGCGCCUCACCGGCCCUCACAUCAAGCAAGUCCUCGGAACAACCACAUCAGCCCUCGCCGUCUACCAGAACCGCAUCAAAGUAUCCACCUUCCUCGCCGACAAGCUCCAAGGCCGCAACGGCGUCCUCCUGGCCCUCACCGACGAGGCCAAGGCCCAGUUCGAGGACGACACCUCCCACUUCGCCCUCCUCUCGCUCGCGUACAACGGCUACGUGCAGACCUGGGAGCGGUACCGCCAGGUCUACGACCUCGACCCGGGCGUCUACGGGGAGGGCAGCACCAUCUUCGGGCUGGACCGGUACGGCGGCGCCGGGGGCCGGGCGGCGUUCGAGGCCGAUUACGGCCUUGCCAUCGUCGACGUCUGGCAGAAUUCGAACAGGGACUACUGGUUCGCGAGCAUGUUGAGAAACGCGGUGGCGCAUGGCUCGACGUAUCAGGCUGCUGGGAGGGUGGGGUUGUAUAACGUCAACCCGGAUACGCGGCAGAAGACGUUCUCGAUCACCAUGUCCCAGUCCGAUUUUGCCAAGUUGAUCAUGACUGCGUUGAGGGACUUCGUUCGGAAUGUUGGACCGGUUGGGGGGUUGGCUCCUCUUUCUGAUAUGUUGGACUACUUGCUUUGA